CGUCCCAAGAUGGCGGCGGCAUCGGCACCCGGGAGGCCAAGGCACCGUCCCGGCUGCUGAGGCGGGCCCCGAGCGGCUGGCGGCGGACGGGCCAGGCCGAGGGCUGGCGAGCGGACGGCCGCCGCCCCUGCGCGCCCCGCGGCCGGGGCUGAGCCGUGCGGCGGCGGCGCCGGGGGAUGCUCGUGCUGGGCCCGGCCUCUCCCUCCUCAACUUAGGGCGGCGGCGGGCCCGCGCCCCUGGCUCCCGGGCCAUGGCGCUGAGGGAGCUCAAAGUGUGUCUGCUGGGGGAUACAGGUGUAGGUAAAUCGAGUAUCGUGUGGCGGUUCGUGGAAGACAGUUUUGAUCCAAACAUCAACCCAACAAUAGGGGCAUCUUUUAUGACCAAGACUGUCCAGUACCAAAAUGAGCUACAUAAAUUCCUAAUCUGGGAUACAGCUGGACAAGAACGAUUUCGUGCCUUAGCGCCGAUGUACUAUCGAGGGUCGGCUGCGGCCAUCAUUGUUUAUGACAUCACAAAAGAAGAGACAUUCUCAACACUGAAGAACUGGGUGAAAGAGCUCCGACAGCACGGCCCGCCCAAUAUCGUUGUUGCUAUUGCCGGGAAUAAGUGUGAUCUUAUCGACGUCAGAGAAGUCAUGGAGAGAGAUGCUAAGGACUAUGCCGACUCCAUCCAUGCGAUUUUUGUGGAGACCAGCGCGAAAAACGCGAUAAACAUAAAUGAACUGUUUAUAGAAAUUAGUCGAAGAAUUCCGUCCGCUGACGCCAACCCGCCAUCUGGCGGCAAGGGCUUCAAGCUCCGGAGACAGCCUUCCGAGCCGCAGCGAAGCUGCUGCUGACCGAGCCUCGGCCUCCCAGGCUUGAUGAUGAAGUAGGUGGUCCAGAAAGUUAACAGGAGGGCUGGGGUCCCUGCCGGCAGGUUUCGCCUCGCCGGUUUGGGUCUUCAUGCAAAAAGGACUCAGGGAGGUUGGCCAGUUCCACUUCCUCUUUGGAGGCUGCAGCAGUAACAUUUCCGUCUGCAGACCGCCGUCGUGUCACGAGUCUGGUGUGCAAAGGGACUGCAUCGUUGGCUUUUGACCUGGCUGAAAAGGAACAUGUAAUUGUACGGAUGGUAGGAUUAAAUUGUUGAGUAGUUUUGUAAUCAAGAUUUUAUGUAACAUUUGUAAAGGGAAAAUUAGCACUUUCAUGGUUCUUGAGGAAGAAAAGACCUUGCAGAGAUUGUAAUUUCCUUGGUUUCCCGUUACCACUGUUAGAGGGAAUCGUAUCUUUUAAAAUGUGGUAGGCGAUCGUAAGUGGAGGGAUGGCAAUCAUUAUUGGGAGCUUAAACGGGGUUAUUUGUAGGACUGAUGGAAAUGACUCUGUCCCCACCGUCUCUAAAGCACUUUAGCCCAUGAUAACAUACAGUCAGUUAGUAACGGUAACAAGGGAUGCGUAGCUCACCCGAGGUUUGCAUUCCAGCCUCGUCCUGUAUGUGUCGCAAAGCACAUCAUUGGCACCUUUUUAAAUAAGCUCUCGUGACCAAGAUGGUGGCGGUAGAGAAGCUGCAUGGAAUAAACUGAAUUGCGUAUGUUUGAACUGACUGGCAGUGGUUUAAAAAAGAGGAAGAAGAGAGAGAGUAAAGGAAGUGGUGUCAAUUCUGUCAAUUUUUUAUUUCACCCAGAUAUUUUGGUGGGGAAAACAGUUACCUGUUGCUUAGCAUAUGUAAAGUUGUAGUCUAUAUUUAUGAGACCCUUGCUUAAAGAUUAUAAAUUAUGUAAAUACAUGAAUAAAUUCUAUGUUUCACCCAACACUCCAUUUAAUCUCGCAGCCAGUGUCUUGGUGUGCCCACCCACCUCUCAGCCCGUCCGUGGGGGGCUCUGCCGCACGUUUCUAUUGGGCGAGAGCACAGAGCACUUGGCUUACAGUCUUUGAAGAGGUCUCUGCCUCUCCUUCCACCCACCCCUCCCUUCCCCAUCCCAUCUGGAAAUCAUAAUAAAGACAUAUGCCACUUUGACAAGCCUAACUAGCCCUUCCUAGCCUGGGGGUAAAAGAUUAUACUCCAAGUUCAAGUCAUUUCACCUGGUCUUGGUAAUAAGUUUCUUUUAGCAUUUACAGCGACCUCAGACAAGUGUUUCAAGCGAGCUUUCCUUGUUAACAGUUCAGCUUAUCUUUCCGUUUCCUUUAUCCCCCUGCCUCUGUUAGUGGUUAACACUCUUUCCCUCAGGGAGCCUAAUGAGGUUUUUAAUAUAAUCUAAAAAUAAAGCACUGAAGUGAAGUUGGUGACAAUUUGCUCCUGGUCUAAUUUGGCACCCUUCCAACCUGAGUAUUGUAAGGGAAGGAAAUUUACAAGAUUAAGUAGGAAAUUAAACAGCUUGAAUUUCAAACUAAAUUGUGUUUUCAGAGCUAUCCUUAAACUGAACAGUUGAAACUUUUAAAAAUAAUUGUUAUUUCCCUGUGCCCUCCACUUGAUAUGGGUAGAUUUUAAUGGGAAAAUUAUAACCCAGAUUAAGUAAAAAGCGAUUCCCUUUUCCCUGGUGUAUAUCUUAAGCAUUUGAAAUUAUUUAUUCUCUUGCUGAAAUCAUAUGGAAGGACUGUAGUUAGGGAAAAUUCUAACGUUUUGUUUAAAAUACAUGCGGACUCGAUACCCUCCUAGCAGCUUGCUCCCUUCCCACCAUGAAAUGAGCAAGCUGUAGGAAAAAACACAUGAUUCUAAGGGUGGGCUCUUGACACCUGAAGAGGGUUGAAUUUCCUUUCCUAUACGUGCAGAUGGAUCAGGGCAUCUGGCCUCGGCCAUGGUGUGUCCCUAACACUCCCACGGCUGGGCCUCCAUCUCCACGACAACAAACAAAAUGAAAACAAAGGGUGCUUGACUCGCUACCAAGAGGGGGUGCACGGGUGGCCCUUUCUGUCUUACUUCACCAAAAGAUGACGCACAUCUGUGACCUUCACAUUCUUCCCACCAAACCUGUCAGCCUGUCGAUGAUUCCCGGGGUCUGGGUGCCCGGGGAAGGCCGCUUGUUUCCGUGCCUCUCUGACUGGCAAGGCAUCGGCCUGCCUCUCAUCCUGUCCCCACUGUCACUGCAUUUAGCCCAAAACAGGGCCGGCUCUUCAGGCCCUCCUUGGCUGUUCUUCCUUCAUGACUUCUCACGCUCCUCCCCGUUUGUAGAGAGGGCUUCUGUUUGGUUCGGGCCACAUGUUUUAGUCCCAGAAUGAAUGACGGGUGGGUGGCUCGUGCAACAUCACUGUCUUCCUGAGCUCUGGGGCCUCUUCUCUUCUGCCCUCCUUUUCAUCAGACUGUCUCAGGAAUCCACGAGACCCUGCUUCUCAUGUAGCGCCUUCUUAACCACUAGCAGCAGCACCUUGUCAUCUUGGAUCUUUGUGAUCCAUACCCCAUGAAAACAGGGGGAAAUGUUUCCAUUUGUUUUGUUCGCUGGUGUGAUGCAGAGGUGGAGAUUAAAGGCGGAAGCAGUGUUUUAUUUUGAACAUGCUUUGGAUUAAUAACCUGACCAAGCAAUGAUCUAAUACACAUUUCAUAUAUUCUGUUAUUUCUUAUGGGAAAAAGCCAGAUUUCAAAGGAAUUGAGACACAGCCCAUCUAUAAAAAUCUUCUUUUUGGUUCCCUUCUGACAAAGGGCCAUUUUAAAAAACUUUGGGGACUGAAAAAAGAGAAAAAUCAUUAAUUAGCUGCAAGUGUAUAUUGAUUACUCCCAGAGAAAUUGAAAUGAGCUCUUUGCAGGUGCCCAGUCCUAGGAACCAUCGGUCUCCAGAAAUCUCCUUUCACACAAGUGUUUUUCCGAUUCUGUGAUAACUAAUUAACCAUCAUUUGGUGAUUAAAAGAACAUAAAGUAAGAGUAUGAUUAAGUGUCCUUCGUUUUAAACUCUCUUUAAGAAGUGAUUAGGGAGAAGUACCUAUUGCAAGCCCUUCUGGUUCCAAAUGAAACCUCCAUCACCUGCUUUUCAGCCAUAGGCAGGGUAAGUGCUACGCAGAGCAGC